ACAAACGCGGCCCGCGCGCGCGCAUGUCGCUAAACACGCGGCUUUACACUGUCCAUUAUUUUGCCUUGAGAGGGACAACAUCAAAUCAAAUGUGAAUACACAAAUCGGAUAGAACAUACAACUUAACAGACUACAGUGAUUGAACAGUGUUCAUUGACAAAUACUAAAACACGAGCAACUAGAUUGCGCGAAUGCCACGAUCCAACCUACGCAGCCGGCGGCGGCCCCCACCUCCGUUCAUUCAAGGACCAAUCGUUGAACUCAUGCUAGCUUUCGCGCACAUGCAAUCACCGAUUUGGAAAUGAAAAACAUUGGCAAUGACACUCGGCUGAAGUUUUGAGCCUCCACGACAAUGUCAAUCAACCAGAACGCAGCGCAGUUUAGUAAACAGAAACAACAACUAGGUAAACAGGGCUCGGAACCGGUCAACUUUCCUCCACGCUAUCAUCCGCCUCCGCCGGCCGCAGGUGGCCAGAAGCUAGCCACUGGCGAGACGGCCGCCAAAGAGUUCAAACCUCCGUACGUGGGCAAAAUCGAUCCGACAAAAAUACAAUACCCGAUAGGACCUCAAGGAGUCCCCGGUUCUUAUCCUGGUGGAUCAGUGCCAUUUAAAUAUCCUCACGGUUACCCUCCAGGAUACCCUUUACCGCCAGGAGCGAUUCGAGUGCUACGACCGUCGGCUGAAGUGAUAACUAAAGCUAUUGUUCACGAACAAGUGGAGCCUGCAGCUCGCGCUCGGAGUGCGGACGACACGCAGCGGACACAGAGAAAUAUUGAAGAAGAGCAAAUACACAGAAGAUCAGCCGACAUGCUCAAAUUCACGAAACGCGUCGACGCUGAAGGACCCAGAGCUUCAACUGAUCAAAGACGACAGAUUCAAACACUGUUAGACGAAAUAAAAGCAUUGAAAGAAGCUAAUCGCCGCCUCAGUGAUGAUAAUCAGGAGUUGCGGGACCUGUGCUGUUUUUUGGACGACGAUCGACAGAAAGGAAGGAAGUUAGCUCGAGAAUGGCAGAGGUUCGGAAGGUAUACUGCAUCAGUUAUGCGCCAAGAAGUUUCAGCAUAUCAAAAUAAGCUAAGAGAAUUGGACGAUAAACAACAAGAGUUGAUUCGAGAUAACUUGGAGUUGAAAGAACUAUGUUUAUACUUGGAUGAAGAACGGGAGAGGAGCACAUGUGUCAGUUGUGGUCGGACAGCUGGGAGGGAGCGAGACGAUGGAGACGGCAGCAGCAGCGGCACCAACGUUGACGAAGCACCGCGUGCGGCGCCUCCUUUGCCAAUCACACAUCCACAACUGGCUGAGCGAACUGUGCAAUAUGUCCGAGAUCUAGAGCAAAAAGUCCGAAGGUUAGAAGCGGAAAAAGGUCUUGGAGGCCAAGUGAAUGAACGUCCUGAGGCUGUAGUUCGAGCUUUACAGGUGUUGGAGGUCAGGGAAAGAGUGGAAAGGGAAAGAAGAAGACCUGCUCCCGAUUUGGAUUCUGGAGAGCAAGCGUUAGUGCGAGAAAUGUGUAACGUAGUGUGGGGUAAAUUGGAAGAAGCGCCUCCUCAGGCGCCACCGCGUUAAUGUUGUAUUCUGCUAGAAUCCGGAUAAAAAAUAGGUGUUUAAUCUUGUGACUUUUUGUGCUACGUGUGGUGUUCAUUUUAUGGUGUGCCACACGAAAGCAUGUUUUAUCAAGUAGAAGUUAUCGACUCUGAAUCGAGCUGAUCGAGGUCAUCAGACGAGUUGGGUGACCUAAAGAACCACAGACAUUGAUUAAAGAACAGUGCUUGACCUUGUUUAUCAAUGGAAUUUAGCUAGUAGGCACCCAGAGGAAUAGUAUUAUGAUGCUUUUCAAACAUGAACCUAGGCUUAUAAGUUCUGUUCUAAAUGUUAAAUGCAAACGAAAAGUACAAAGUAGAUAAUAGUUAAUAUUGUUUUACUUGGUUGAUACAGAUUAUUUGUACAGGUACCUUUUGUACCUAAAUACUACUGGAUAUUAUUGAUUUUAGUGUAACAAAGAAAGUGUUUUGGAUUUAACUUAUUUACUUAUGUGAAAACUUAAAAAAUUACGAGUUAUGAGGCUAUAAAAAUUUAGUAUCAAAUUUUAUGAAUGACUGUGAUUGUUUUCUUGAAACUCAUCUAUUUUUUUUUCAAUUCUAUGUACCUACUAAUAUAGGUAUAUUUUAUGAAAAUUAUAUACUCGUAUCUAAAAAAAAAAUGCUACGCUAUGCCUAAGUAUUAUAUUUCUGACAUUUUGCCGAAUAAUAACUUAUCUCUAGUCAAAUUUUAAUAUGCCGCCGAUAGCUUACCUGUAUCAUGAUAAUAGUGAAUAAAGAUUAUUGUAUCAAUUAAUAAAAGGACUUAGGUAAUACAUUCCUUUUACGCGACGUUUACGACAACCUCAAUAAAUUGUUUCUUGCCAGUAAUAUUUAUAAAAUUGUCCAAACUCUACUGAUAUUGAUUUAUAUAUGUUUAGAAAAAGUAUUCUUUUUGUUCUUAUUCUCAUACAGUUUGCCUAUUUUGCAGACUUCUGUAAUAAGUGCAUAAUAUUUUGGGUUGCUUUGCUUAUUUACAAAAUAACUUAUCUUUUGUUUUUAUUAAUUUAUUAAAGCGAUAUUUUAUAAAAUACAUAAGUAAAUAUUAUCGUUUAUAAAA